GGGACCGGGUUGCCGGGCGCCGCCGCCCUCGUCCUUCCCAGGCCCGCAGGCCCUGCAGGCCUGGUCCGCUAGUGGCGGCGACCCCGCCUCGCCCAGGAUGGAAUAAACAGGUCCGGCUGGAGGGCGCAGCGCGGAGCCUCGAAAGGCCGCGCCGGAUGGGGUUUCUGCCGGUUCCCGGAGGCGAACCUGAGGUUCCUGGCUUCUUCCGCAGGGAACCCGUCUGGCUCAGGCCUCCGUGCCGCGGCCAUCUGGCUCUGGGCGGGCCCGCUGGGAGUCUGCCUGCGUCUCUGUGUGUCUCCGUGUUCGGGGCUCCUGCGGGUGCGGGCUGGCCCUGAGUGCCCGCCGGCUUCGCUGCCCGUGCGCGUCCCGGGGUCGGGGCCUAGUGCUACUCUGCCUGUCCUCACUCCUUGGGUGGCGCUGGGCACCGGCCUUGUGCGCCAUGGUGGGCGCUGAAGUUCCGGGGACACUUGAUGGCGCCGGCUCGGGGUCCUGUUCUAGCUUCAAUGUGGGGAGGCUGUUGUAGCCUCAGAGCCUCCUCCUGCAGCCCCUGCCCUCGAGGGCACUGGCAUUCUCUUUGGGACUGAGGGCUGCAGGUGGACUCCGGAGGAGGGUGAUAAGCCCAGGGUCCAGCUGCACAGAUGGGUCCUGAGGUUCCAGAGAGCAGAGCUCCCUGCAGGAACCCAGGAUGCAAAGCUGACCUUUUUCUGGGGGCACUGAACUGGGAGACUGUGACUGCAUUCGUGCAAUCCUCCUGGCAGCCCUGCAGAAGAGGUACUGCGAGCCCAUUUUACAGGCAAGGAAACUGAGGCAUGGAGAAGUUAAGUGGGUUGUGGCACAGCUGAGGCGCUGACCUGGGCAGCCUGGUUCUGCAUGUGUGGUCUCAAGAGACCAGAGUGAGGCCGGCUUCCUCCUGGGCACAGUGCCCCUGGAUGGGAGGUGGGCAUGAACAGGACAGGCUUCCAAGAGUCAGAGUGUGGUCAGCCAGGAAAGGCGGAGGCCACCUAUUCAGGAAACGGGGCUGCAGCUGCUGUGCUGAGCCCGGGUGGGUGGCGGGUGCCAGUCCUCAGUUCACGGGCCUCUGCAGCUUCAUGUCUGCCUCACCAGGAGACCUAGCAGGGCCCUCCCUAGGCAACCCCCCCACUCCCAGUGCCCAGUGCUUGGAAGGGAGGGCCCUCAGGCAGCCCAGACGUUGAGUGGUGGGGGGUGCCAGCCACUCUCCAGCUGCUCUUGUUCCUGAGACCUCUCAGGAGGAGGAAGUGGGGGAUGGAGGCUCCUGGGCUGGGGAAUAAGGGUCUGGGAGGGGCCUGGAACCCAGACCCUAGAGCCGGCUUUGUACCUCAGGCCUCUGCCUUUGGCGUGGUGGACUGUGGGUUAUCAGCACAGGGGUAGGGACUGCCUUACUCGCCAGGUGCCAAGCUGGCAGGUGGGCCCAGGGCACAGGUUUAAUGUUUAACAUGCCCAAGUCCCGGCCCACUGAUACUGAGGCUGCUGCCCCAGGUCAUGGAGGGUGGGCAGUGCCUGGCAUUGGCUCCUGUGCCCACCUGCCACUGCAGCUGCUGAGGCUGCUGGAACUGCCUCGAAGGGAAGCCGACAGCCUGAGGGCCCUGAGUGUCAGGUUACCAAGGAAACCAAGCCAGCCAGCCAAGGUCUGGAGAAGGACAGAUGCCCCAUGUGGCGCCAGUGGCCCGCCUGCAGUGUGCAGUGUGGGGCUGGGCAGAGAGGAAGAGUCUUGGUUAGCCCGAGGUCCCACUGCAGACUCCCCAAGCAGGGUUGAUGGCCCUGCUGGGGUUCCCCUGGCUCCACUGGCUCGCCGUGACUGGGGACAUUCUUUAGCUUUGAGGCAACUCAGCUUCUGCAUCCCAGAGGGGAAACUGAAGCAGAGGGCUAUUGCUCUCUCGCCCUGUUCUCCAGCACCAGGAUAAGACUGAUUAGCCACAUGUGUCAGCUGGUACCGUGGCCUGGGCCCCUCAUCAGCGAGAUGAAAGUGUGGUUAGGAAAUAGUGUCUGGCCUGCCGUCCCCAGCACUGCCAGCCUUGGCCUCCUGAGGCCCUCGGGUGCCACCUGGCCCCUGACUGCAGCCCCUGGUGGUGUGGCUUUGGGAGUGACCUGCCUGGGUUCUGUGUCUGAGGUCAGUGAGGCCAGCAGACUCCAUUUUAGGUCUCCUUGGUGCCUGGGGGACAAGCCAGAGGCUGGAGGAGCCACGUCCCUUCUUCCAGGCUGCGCACUUGUUCAGUGCCGGGUUCAAGGCAGAGCCGCACGGGAAGGAGAGGCCUCUGGCAGCAUCGUUUGCUGCUCCCCAGAGACAGACCUGGGCCCCUCCCUCUGGGACUCCCAAUCUGGAUGGGGUUCCUGGCUCGCUGUGGGGCAUGUUGAGGCUGGAGACUGGGCUUGUGGGGCUGCACGGCCCUGCCCAAGAGAACUCAGCACUGCCUGGACAGUGAGGCUCAGCUUCUGAGUUGAGGGCUCUAUCAGGCCUGGAAGUGGACCCGGGGAGGGGGAGGGCAGGGUAGUUCUGAGAAGUUCUAGGACUGUUUGCUUCCUGAUUCUGAGCCCCUGCGGCAGGGAGGAAGGGCCUGUCCAGAACAAUGGCCAGAACCAAGCCUGGCCAGCUCCUGGCCAGCUCCGGGGGUGUCAUCGCUGCCAUGUGCAGGGGCCGAGCCCUGCGGGGCCGUGAGCCGGCCCUGCCUUCUGCUUCCUUCCCAGAUGCAGCCGCCUGUCCCGGGAGCCUGGACUGUGCCCUGAAGAGGCGGGCACGGUGUCCCCCUGGUGCACAUGCCUGUGGGCCCUGCCUUCAACCCUUCCAGGAGGACCAGCAAGGGCUCUGUGUGCCCAGGAUGCGCCGGCCUCCGGGUGGGGGCCGGCCCCAGCCCAGACUGGAAGAUGAGAUUGACUUCCUGGCCCAGGAGCUUGCCCGGAAGGAGUCUGGACACUCAACUCCGCCCCUGCCCAAGGCCCGACAGCGGCUCCCAGAGCCUGCCACCCUGGGCUUCUCAGCACGGGGACAGGGACUGGAGCUGGGCCUCCCCUCCACUCCAGGAACCCCCAUGCCCACGCCCCACACCUCCCUGGGCUCCCCUGUGUCAUCCGAGCCGGUGCACAUGUCGCCCCUGGAGCCCCGGGGAGGGCACGGCGAUGGCCUCGCCCUCGUGCUGAUCCUGGCAUUCUGUGUGGCCGGCGUGGCUGCCCUCUCCAUAGCCUCUCUCUGCUGGUGCAGGCUGCAGCGUGAGAUCCGCCUGACCCAGAAGACUGACUACGCCGCUGCAAAGUCCCCUGGCUCACCUGCAGCGCCCCGGAUCUCGCCUGGGGACCAGCGGCUGGCACACAGCGCGGAGAUGUACCACUACCAGCACCAGCGGCAGCAGAUGCUGUGCUUGGAGCGGCAUAAAGAGCCCCCCAAGGAGCUGGACACGGCCUCCUCGGAUGAGGAGAAUGAGGACGGAGACUUCACGGUGUACGAGUGCCCGGGCCUGGCCCCAACCGGGGAAAUGGAGGUGCGCAACCCUCUAUUCGACCACGCCGCACUGUCCGCGCCCCUGCCGGCCCCCGGCUCACCGCCCGCGCUGCCAUGACCUGGAGGCAGACAGACGCCCACCUGCUCCCUGACCUCGAGACCCCCGGGGAGGGGCAGGGCCCGGAGCUUCCCACUAAAAACAUGUUUUGAUGCUGUGUGCUUGUGACUGGGCCUUGGGCUUCAGGCCCUGGGAUCCCUUGCCAGGGAGACCCCCAAACAUUUGUGCCAGGAGACCUCCUGGUCCCCUGCACCUCUCCUGUUCGGUUUGGACCCCCAAACUGGAGGGGCAGGGAGAACCGUGGAGCGCAGGAAUGGGUGGGGAAUUCUAGAGACAAAAGCCAAUUAAAGUCCAUUUCAGACCUGCGG